AAAAAAAGAAAAAAGAAAAAAGAAAAAGAAAAAAAAAGGUCCCCUCCAAAAAAACCCCAAAAGCAAAAUGGGUAAGGUAGCAACAACUGCAGCAGCACAAGCGGAGAUGAAGCGGAAGAAGAAGAAGGGCCGCCCUCCCAAAAACUCAAUUACCCCUUCUGCCCCUCUUAGAACCCUUAAUUACGAUUCUACCCCCACCAAGAGCCGCCGAUCCGGCCGCCGGAACCCUAAUAAUUAUAAUUCUCCGCCGCCGGAAUUCGACGACGAUGACGACGAGAGGAAGGAGAAGAAGGUGAAGCUCGUUGUUCGCUUGCCCCCGUCUGAUGAGAAAACCACGGUUAAUAAGAAACGGCAGCAUUCACGUGAUUACAAUUCCGAAUCGGGCUCGGGCUCGGGCUCCGAUUCCGACCCGGAAUCAGAGGAUCGGGAGGCGUGCGCCAAGCAACGCAAGAUCAAUGCCGUCGAUCGCGGAUCUGAUAACCCUGUUUCCGUUCAGGAGAAAAAGAUUGUGAAAGUGACUGACACUCCUCCUCUGCAUGGGGCUCCAAUGGAGUCUGGUCCCACAACAACACCUUUGCCAGACAAAAAGUUGUUGCUCUUUGUUCUUGACAGGCUCCAAAAGAAGGACACUUAUGGGGUGUUUUUGGAGCCCGUCGAUAUCGAUGAGCUGCCUGAUUAUUUGGAGAUAGUAGAACAACCUAUGGAUUUCGGGACUGUGAGGAAGAAACUCGACGAUGGAGUUUAUAAAACCUUGGAACAAUUGGAGGGUGACGUGUUUUUGAUAUGUUCGAAUGCCAUGCUGUACAAUGCUUCAGACACUGUUUACCAUCGACAGGCACGAACAAUACAAGAUCUUGCAAAAAGGGAUUUCGAAAAUUUGAGGCACGAAGGAGAUAAUGGUGAACCACAGCCCAAAGUCGUGAGGAGGGGUAGGCCCCCAACGAACAAAAACCAGAAGAAGCUUCUAGAAACUUCUUCCCCUGUUGACCGUGUUGACCUUUCAUCGGGUGCAGCUGCUCUCAACAACAGUGGAGAAGAAAGGGGCACUGGAUCCAACUCUUACAAUCUAAGAAAGGCACCUGCUUUACAUAGAUAUCGAACCUCUGAUCUUUACGUAUCGCCUUACAGACCAAGAAACGGCGAAAACUACUCUGAGUGGUUGGCUGAUUGGAACGAUGAAUUCCCAGCAUCGAUUUUGAGGGCUGAUAUGAAGUAUGGGAAAAAACAGUUUACGGUGGAUGAGAACAGGCGUGAUACGUAUAAGCAAUUCCGUCCCGUUUCUUGUGGCAAUAACAAUUUGCCUGCUUUGUCUAGUUCUAUCGAAGAUAUGAAAAGAUUGGUCCCGGUUGGUGUACAAGAGCCACUUGCCUAUGCAAGAAGCUUAGCUAGAUACGCAGCAAAUCUCGGGCCCACAGCUUGGAAAAUCGCAUCGAAAAGAAUCGAGCAUGCAUUACCCUCCAGUGCACAGUACGGGCCUGGUUGGGUGGGUGAAGUGGGGCCCACACAUUCUCAUCCCCUGUCCGUGUCCACAGGGGAUUGCACCUCCUCCUUAAAAAAGCUCCCUAGUACAACACCUUCUACUUCAGCUUCCGAAGGCAUGAUCGAAGCCGUUAGAAAACUCAACAGCCAAAACGAUGUAUCGGUUUCUUCUCCUUCUUUGUGGAGAACUCCUUUUCCUUCGGUUCAUCAUCAAAAGCCGUUGUAUAAUUUCGAAAGAAAUGGUUUUAUGGAAAUGAACGAGCGGGCCCCGCCCGAAAUGUGGAGCUUUGGGAAAACGGGUUGGCCGAAGCAGCAUAAUCGGAAUGUGGGCCCGCCUGAUUUGAAUGUGAGGAUUCCGAUUGGUUCGCCGACGACUUCUUCUAGCUUACAGCAGAUUGGUUCACCGAAUCAGCAGCAGCAGCAGCCAGAUUUGGCUUUACAGCUCUGAUUAUUUAAUUUUUCGAUUUUUUCUUUUUUUGGUUUAAUUGGAGUUAGGGAAUUUCGGAGGCUUUUCGGAAGGCUGAUGAAGUAGGGUUCUUGGUGUUGGAGGGAUCUAGUUUUAGGAGAAAGGUUGUACAUGUUGAUGUAUUUAAUUUCUUUUAGUGAAGAAAAUACUAAGGGGUUAACUGUAAUUUUUAGAACUUUUGUAUUAGGAUAGGGGGAAAAGGAUAUAUAUAUAUAUAUAUAUGUCUGGUUAUAUUAUAUGAUGAAGUAAGUCUGGGUGGUUGAGAGAUGAUUAAAUUUUCAUACAUAAAUUCAAGAAAUGAAUUACAUCUCACUAAUGUUGAACUGGGGUGUAAAUGAAUUGAGUUGGAGAUUAAAUAAAUUUUAUUAUAAUU